AUGCCGGGCGCACGAAUUGACGUUUACCUCGACUUUGCGUCGGUGUUUAGCUAUAUCUGCUUUGUCGACUUGGAGGCCAACAGGCAGAAGCUCGCCGCGAAUGGCGUCACGAUUGAAUACCACCCCAUCUUCCUCGGCGGCAUCAACGUUGCGUCCGGCAACAAGCCGCCGUGGACGCUGCCCGCCAAGGCGGCCUACCUCGGCUUCGACACGCCGCGGGCGCUGCGGCGCGUCGGCCUCGGCCACGUGCAGACGCCCUCGGACAUGAUGGCCUUUGGCAUGACGGUGCAGCCGCUGCGCGCGAUCCACUACAUCAAGGCGCACUACCCGACGGCCGUGUUCCUCGCCGCGUUCCACUUCCUCAUGGACCGCGCCUGGACGGCGCCGAACCGCGUCAUCGCCGACGCCGACGUCUUGCGCGCGGUCCUCGCCGAGGCCACCGAGACUAUUUCCGGCGGCCGCGCGCUGUUCGCGCCCGACGAGGUCGACCGCAUCAUGGACGGCCGCGCCGCGUUCAAGGACAGCGUCAAGAAGGAGACGGACGUCGCCCUGAGCAGGGGCGCGUUUGGCGCGCCCUGGAUCUGGGCCACGAAUGCAAAGGGCCAGGAGGAGCCCUUUUUCGGCAGCGAUCGCUUCAACCACGUAUACGCGUUCCUGGAGAUUCCCUUUCAAGAUGUAACCGUUCUGAGUCCCAACAAGCUGUGA